CCCAGUUGCAAAUCCAAUCAAGUAUGAGAAGUAGACCAAACUUAGAAAGAAGGUGGAUCUAUUCAACUUAUUACUGUAGUUGAGAACCAGCGCAAUGAGGACAAUCUCUUGGAGGAGAAUUAUUGGAUACUCAAGUUCUGCGUCUUUUCUGGUGAAACCGGUGCAGAGACGCCGCCAUAUUGUCGGCGUUUGAUAAACAAACGAAGCUUACGAAGCCCAUUAAUUUUUCAAACACCUUUCUUUAAUUUAUUCAAUGUGAAUGCUGCAACUCAAAUGGUGAAAUAUAUCUGCUGAAACCCUCCACUUCUAAUAAUUCCAGAAUCAUGUCUCUUCCGGCCAAUUACAAGCAGAUAGCUGCAGCCAGCCCGGUCUCAAAUCAGAUGCUGUCUCCAGGGGCGCCCAUGGCUACCAACAUCCUUAAAGAGCGGCUGAAGUCAUCAUCAGGAUCAGCUUCGAAAGAUUCGUCUAAUCAAAGCCCUUUCAUCCAGUCACCUAAUUCACAUCCGAACUUCCAUCCCCAAAAAGUCGGGAAAACUGGCAACGAUGCCCGCGGACCAAAACCUCCAAAGGCUCCGGAAAAGCCCUUAAUGCCAUACAUGCGAUACAGUCGCAAAGUAUGGGAUCAGGUCAAGGCAGCAAACCCAGAUUUGAAGCUAUGGGAGAUUGGGAAAAUCAUCGGGCAGAUGUGGCGAGAUCUGCCCGAUGAGCAGAAAGCGGAAUACAUCGAUGACUAUGAGGUUGAAAAGACGGAAUAUGAGAAGGCUCUCAAGAUUUAUCACAACUCGCCGGCAUAUCAAGCUUACAUGACGGCCAAGAAUCGUAACAAGCAGAGUGCUUCGAGCAAAAAUCAAAAACAAGAGGAGGACCGUGAUACAAUAGAAAACACUCGCUCUUCAUCUGGUAAACAAUCUGCAGCAGACCGACGUAUCGACAUACAGCCUGCAGAAGAUGAAGAUGACCAAGAUGAAAGCUACAGCGUGAAACACAUUGCCUACGGAAGGUAUCUGCGUAAUCAUCGGUUGAUAAAUGAAAUCUUCUCUGACUCGGUGGUGCCAGAUGUUCGUUCUGUUGUCACAACAACGAGGAUGCAAGUACUGAAAAGACAAGUACAGUCUCUAACAAUGCAUCAGAAAAAACUGGAAGCUGAACUGCAGCAGAUCGAAGAAAAAUUUGAAGCCAAGAAGCGAAAAUUCAUUGAAAGUAGUGAAGCUUUCCAAGAAGAACUGAAAAAGCACUGUCAAAAAGCUGUGGACGAAGAAACGUUCUCUAAAAUGGUUCAAACACAAUAUGAGCUCGCAUUGAAAGAGCGUGCGAGAGGCGCUAAUCCAGACCAAGCACCAGGCAAUGCUAAUUCGCAACCCAGUGCCCAGCCCCUUCAGAAUACUGCUACACCCUCAAGCAAUGACGAAGCGCUAAACCCCUCUCAACAAGAGAUGGUUGUGCUGCACUACAUCCAGCCAAUGGAAGAAAAGUCUGGAGACUCGCAAACUUCCUCCCCGCAACCAGCAGGAACUCCAAUGGAAACUGAUGCAGGAUCAGAACCUCCGAGUUCAACAACAACACCGGAACCUGUGCCUGUUGCUGGUGCUGCACCUCCGAAAACACCCUCCCCGGCAAUGUCAGCCCCAACGACUCCUUCGCCAGCACCAUCCGGACCGGGACAGAUCCCUAUCUCUGCUCCCUCUCCGACAGUUCCAGCACCAAACAUUUCCCAAGGACCGACUCCUCCAGCACAAGGCCUGAACCCCACACCACCACCUGGCGCACCAACCCCCACUCAGCAGCCUCUUCCUCCAUCCAGUUUUCCACCAUCCUCUCAAUAUCCUUAUCAUGGGUAUCAUCCACAUGGCCCAAACCAAAACCAUGCGUACGGACAGAUGCCCCCUCCGCAUCAUCAAUACUCUCCCAUGUCUCAAGGACCAAUGGUUCCUCCAAGUCAAGCACAAUCUACUCCCGGGCCGGGCUUGCCAGGACAACCUCCUGUCAGUUCUCAAUCAACAAUGCCAACUCACCAUCAAGCAUCUCAGCCAUCUACUGGUCAUGGUGGGCCUCUUGGUCAUGGUGGGCCCCUGAGUCACAGUGGACCUCCAGGUCAUGGUGGACCGCCCCAUAGCGGACCUCAAGGUCUCGGCGGUCCAGGUCAUAAUGGACCCCCAGGUCAUAGUGGGCUCUCAACGCACAGUGGUCCUCCUGGUCAUGGUGGCCCUCCAGGACAUGCCGGACCACCUGGGCAUGGUGGACCUCCAGGACAUGCUGGACCUCCUAGUCAUGGUGGACUUGCUGGGCAUAGCGGACCCCCUGGGCAUGGUGGACAUACAGGACCUCCAGGACAUAGUGGACCUCCUGGACAUGGUGGACCUCCUAGCCAUAGUGGACCCCCAGGACAUGGCGGACCUCCAGGACAUGGUGGACCUCCAGGACAUGGCGGACCUCCAGGACAUGGCGGACCCCCAGGACAUGGCGGACCCCCAGGACAUGGUGGACCCCCAGGACAUGGUGGACCUCCAGGACAUGGCGGACCUCCAGGACAUGGCGGACCUCCAGGACAUGGCGGACCUCCAGGACAUGGCGGACCUCCAGGACAUAGUGGACCACCCGGGCAUGGUGGACCUCCUGGUCACGCUGGACCUCCAGGGCAUGGUGGACCUCCUGGUCAUGGUGGACCUCCAGGGCAUGGAGUACCUCCUGGACACGGUGGACCACCUGGCCACGGUGGACCUCCAGGACAUGGUGGACCUCCUGGUCAUAGUGGGCCCUCAGGACAUGGUGGACCCCCUGGGCACGGCGGACCUCCUGGACACGGCGGACCUCUUAGCCAUGUUGGACCUCCAGGACACGGAGGACCUCCAGGUCUUGGUGGACCUCCAGGUCAUGGUGGACCUUCAGGGCAUGGAGGACCCCCUGGACACGGCGGACCUCUCGGUCAUGGUGGACCUCCGGGACAUGGCGUUCCACCCGGGCACGCUGGACCACCCGGUCAUGGUGGUCCUCAAAGUCAUUCAGGACCUCCUGGUCAUGGUGUACCCUCUGGACAUAGCGGACCUCUCAGUCAUGGUGGACCUCCCGGUCACUCCGGACCUCCUUCACAUAGUGGACCGCCAAGUCAUGGUGGACCACCAAGCCACUCAGGUCCUACAAUGCAUCCACCUUCAAUGGGUCCAGGACAAUCGCCACAAAUUCCACCUCAAGCUUCCUCACCGAUGGGUCCAAGCCAGUCACAGACUCCACCAGGUGUCCCUGCUCCCUCACAGACUCCUCCGAUGGGAUCAAUGCACCCGCAAACUCCUCCUGGUGCUCCUGGGAUCCAGUCUUCUACUCCUCCUCUUGGCAUGCAUCCGCCAGGCCCUCAGUCUCACCCCAAUGCCCCACCCAGUCAGCCUGGUCCGCAAUCCAUCCAUGCUCCACCCUCAAUGCCACCACCUCAGGCAAGCUAUGCACCAUAUCCACAGCCUCAACAAUACCCUGGAGCCUCACAACCACUGCCUCCACGCCCCCCACACCAGUAUCCUCAACCGUAUCCACAGCAACCUCCUUACAGCCAGUAUCCUCCGCACCCAUACUAUCAUCAGCCCCCUGCACCAUACCAGCAGUAUCCUCUCCAUCCUUCCCACUCAAUGCCACCAAGACAUCCACACUAUCCAGUACCUCAUCAUCAAGAGAUGCCUCAUCAGCAGUCGGGAAUGGAAAGUGGAUAUCCUGUUCCUCCACAUGCACAGCAGCAGCAUCAACAGGCUCAGCAGCAGCAACAACAACAACAACAACAGCAGCAGCAGCAGCAGCAACAACAACAGCAGGCACAGCAACAGCAGCAAGCACAACAACAGCAAGCGCAGCAACAACAACAGCAGCAGGCGCAAGCGCAGCAACAGGCCCAAGUGCAGCAACAACAGCAACAGCCCUCUCAAGCAGAAUCUAGGCAUGGUGAAGAAAUGCAGACCUCCAGCGGAGACCACCCGGAAAGGUCACAAGAAAAUAAUCAAGCCCAAGAACAACAAACAUCUGAAAGUGGGCCAGGUGCUUCUUCGGAGAAUUCAGCGUCUCCAAGUCCGCACCAAAUGAAGGACGAAGCUCCCAAAAAAGACUAGGCCGGCAGCUCAAAACCUGGGUAAAGUUUUAUGUGGUUAUCUUUUUUUUGUGUAAAUAUUUACUUGGUUUAAGUUGAAAAUAAGUUUUUAUCAAAUCCAUCGGGAAAUAUUCACUGACGAUGCUUGUUUGUUUUUUUAGAUGACUAUUUGUAACUUCUUAUCAUUGACAUCAUUUUUCCUUAACAAAAAGCAAAAAUUGUAUAUUAGCCUUUGGAGAUCACUCAGAAAGUGCAACUUGACAGUAGUUUUAAAUUUGUUGCUCAGCACAGCAGUUCCUUUAUGGUCGAACUGGAUAAGUUUGGUACUUUUGUAUAAUUAGUGUAAGGGAAUGUUGCAUUUUUACAUACUCUUCUUUGUAAAAUACCUCUUUGGAUCUGAAUUUUUUGCGAUUUUUCCUUGCAAGAGUUGUAACUAUUUUUGUCAAUACGUUUCAAUUAUUGGACUUACUACACAAAAUAAACUAAUUUAGAGUAAAUGUAA